UCCUUGACCAGUUCGUCAACAUUCAGGUUCAGCGACAGUGCCCAGUUCCGGUUCCUCUCCCUCCGGGCUGUUUCCUCCCCAUCUCCACGUUCCCACGCCCUCACUGAGCGCUCCUAAUCCCCGAGUCGCCGGACUCCGAGCACCGAGUGCGCCAUGGCAGCCUCCUGAUCCAACUCAGGGCGACGUAGAUGUCAUCGGCUGGAGGGGAGCUCGCGACGGUUGCGGAGUCCAUUACCAAGUCGCUCGCGGAGAUCUGCGAUUCUGACCACCAGUGGGAGUGUCCCAGGCGCUUCUCCGCCUAUGCCAAGCGCCUCGACCUCCUUCUCAACCAGUUUUUCAAGUCCACCGCCGCCGCUGCUGGGGAACCGUCACCCUCCGCUCGGACGGCUCUCAGGGGUAUCGCCGCGGACAUCUCGAAGGCCAACCCCGCCCUUGCCACCUACCGCACCAGGAGCAAAAUCUUCGUCCUCAUCAACUGCCAAACCCUCUGCGACUCCCUCCUCAACUGCUCCACCAGCAUCGCCCGAUGGCUCGCGCUGCUCCAUUCCUCCCUCGCGGAAUCCGACUCCGACUCCGCCGAUCUCCGGCGGAAGAUGGCCGACCUCUCAUCAGAGAUGCAGCUCGCUCAAUUCAAGGUAACGGAGAAUGAGGAGCGAGUGUACUGCACGCUGCAGAAGGAGGUUCUGGGCAGGCAUAGCACCAAGGCCGUACAGAGUGCCAUUAUCAUGGACCUCGCACGGGCAUUGGGGAUCGAGUCCGAUAACCAUGGGGAAUUAGCUCGCCAGAUCGAUCUUCUCAAGAAAGACAUGACGGGUUCCGUCACGCCGUCUGAUCGGAGAAUUUCCGUCUGUUUGGGGAGGAUCUUCGACAACUGGUCCGUGUUGCCGAGGACCGUUUCGAAGGGUUCGGACCCCGAUUUCGAGGAAGACGCCGAUAUCCCGCCUUUCAGGAGCUUCAUCUGCCCGCUGACGAAGGAAGUGAUGAAAGAGCCGGUGGUGCUGGAAUCCUCGCAGUCGUACGAGCGCGCAGCGAUACAGUAUUGGUUUGAUAGGUGCGUCUAUGACGGGCGGGAACCUACCUGUCCUGUGACUGGGCAGGUGCUCAAGAGCCUGAAACUGAACCCGAACAUAGGUCUUGCAGGGGCAAUUGACGAAUGGAUCAAUCGGAACAUUGAUAUUCAGAUUAGAUCCGCUGUCCAGCAUCUGAGCGAGGAUCCUUCUUCUACGGAGUUGAUCAGCAAUGAGAUGAAAAAUAUGCAUAGGAUCUCCGAGGAGCAUCCCUCUAAGCUAUACAAAGUUAGAAAUGCAGGGCUUAUCCCCCUCAUUGUUAGGCUAUUGAGGGAUUCGUCUUCCGAAAUUGUUGGUCCAGAAACACGUACCAGAGUUCUCAUGACCCUACUUAACAUGUCGAAGGAUGAGGAGAGCAAGCAUAUCAUGAUUGAAGAAGGUGUGAUGAGAUUAGCGAUACAUAGCCUCAUUGGUAACCUAAAAGAGGAGGGUCAGUAUGCAUUGAAGCUACUUCUGGAAUUUUCUGCUAAUGAACAUUACUGCACAAAGCUGGCUGUGGAGAAAGGGGCUCUAUUACUUCUUUCAAGUAUAGCUGGAGAUACUGAUAAUCCUUCUUUAGCUAAUCUCGCUGAAGAAGCCCUCAAAAACAUUGAGAAAUUGGAGAUCAAUAUUCAGCAUUUGGCAGCUGCUGGAAGGUUUCAACCUUUACUGAACCGUCUUUGUGAAGGUAGUUUAGAUGUGAAGUUGGAGAUGGCAGCCAUGGUGGGAAAGAUGACACUUGCAAACAAUGGGAAAGAAGAAAUUGCAAGGCAUGGUGCUAAAGUACUAGUUAAAAUGCUCUCAUCUGAAGAGGAUGCCAGACUUGCCAGCUUGCAAGCCCUGCACAAUUUAUCAUCUUUGGAUGAUAAUGCUGUUAUCCUUGUUGAUUCUGGUGUCUUGCCUCUUCUGACAAGUAUUCUUGUCAGUGAUGACCUAGAUGUCAAAAGUCCAGCAUCAGAUAUUAAAGAACUGGCAGCUUGGACCCUAGGAAACUUAGUCUCAAAACCUGGGCAUUGGGAAUCACCAGCUCCAGGCAAGGAAGGUAAUUCAGUGUUGUCAGAGCAUACAGUGCACAAGUUGUUACAGCUUUUGGCUCAUUCAGGGCCAAAGAAUCAGUUGGCCUUUCUGCGUAUUCUUUCUGGAAUCGCUUCCUCUCCACGAGCUGAAGAAGUUGUAGCUUCACAUAUAAAAAGUGGGAACGGGGUUGCAAUCAUUAUAUCAUUUCUUGGGCAUUCUGAGGCUGAACACAGGCUAUAUGCUUUCAGGCUCGCCAAUGUUCUCUCUCAAAAGGUGGAGCAGGCACUGGCACAUGAACUCAAAAGUGCUAACCAGUUGGCCUUUCUCAAAGAGAAGUUACUGGCCGAAGACUCUUCAAGUGAUGAGAGAGCCAUGGCUGCAUCUAUACUUGCCAAUCUUAACUUGUCACAAGAUGAAGUGAAAAAGAUGCUUGGUGUUAGUCUGAUAGGAUGGAUUGUGGGUGCAAUAAAGGAGCAAAAGCCUAGUUCAGGAAAGGGGAGUUUCAGGAGAUCUUCAAGCCUGGUGGAAGGCCUUCUUGGUCUCUUAGUUCAUUUCUCUAGAAGUUCUGACCCAGAAAUACUCAGUGGGGUUAAAGAAAAUAAUCUCAUGGCUAUUUUCAGAGAUGCUCUUUGCAUCUCUUCACAAGCAAGAGCCAAGAAACUGGCUGCACAGGGGUUGCAAUACUUAUCAGAGGCUGUCCCAUCAUGGGUUGCAGCUCAACAUACAGAACUUCAACCACCAAAAGGCCUCUCAUUUCCCUUGAUUUUUGUAUGUUGUAAGGAACCUCCAUUACCUGCAGCAUGCCCAGUGCACAAUGCUGGAUGUGAUGAAGAUAAUACCUUCUGCCUGCUGAAAGGUCAUGCAGUGAAACCGCUUGUUGAACUUUUAAGUGAUGAGAGUAGUCGUGUUCAGAGAACAGCGGUAGAGGCAUUGUCUACACUUGUAUCCAAUCCACAUAAUCUAAAACAAACUGUUCAGGAGCUUGACCAGUUGGGUGCUGUACAGGAAUUAAUGAGCCUAUUCACAACAUUAAGACCAGGUACUCUUCAAGAAAAGGUCAUAUGGAUGGUGGAGAAGAUCUUAAGAGUUGAAAGCGAAGCACUAGCAUACUCAACUGACCAAGGCUUUGUAAAGUGUCUGGUGGAUGCAUUCAAAUAUGGAAAUGCAAACACGAAACGUCUUGCACAGGAUUCUCUCACUAACUUGAAGCAGUUAUCUGGAGUCGCUGGGAAAAACUCUUGUCAACAUCGAGGAAGAUGAUCUUAAGUUGUUCCUAUUUGUUCUGCUUUAAUCACCGGAACCACUAAAAUUCUGUUAUAUACAUUGUUUUUUGUGUAUAUAUGCAUGCAUGUUGCUUCUGUAUUACCUCGAAUUGUAGGUAUGGUGUUGUAUGUCUUUUGUAUAAGUGUUAUUCUUUUUAUUAGUAAAUUAUCUGCA